AUGGCCUUCGACCCCAUCUUCAACCCCUUCACCACACGACCCAAAUCUCAAGCCCUCCGAGCCGGCUCCCUUAUCCCAUUCCUCCACACCCUCCGCGCCAACUUCUCCCUGACAACCUGGCUCCUCUUCGGCGCUGUCCUCCAGUCCCUCCUAAUCCUCCUCCUCCCCUACAAAAACCUCACCCUCACCGCCCCAGCCUUUGGCCUCCUAAUCUACAAAACCACCCGCCUAGCCCUGACGUGUCUCGGUCUUCUCCCAAAUCCGGGUAUGGACGGCGUGCUGAACUAUCGCACCGUUCCCGUCUUCCCAAAUGAGAAGGGCGGUGCCCAAGACACGCCCGCCGGCCAGACCAUCUGCGCCAUGCUCCUGUCCGUCCGCUCAAACCACCCACUAGGAAUAUUCGCCCCCGGCUUCAAGGAGACGGGGGAUUUCUUCAAAGCUAUGAUUUCGGAAUUGAACGCUAAUGCUACGGCGUUGGGGUUUUUGGGAUCGAGUUCGUGGCUGAGGGCUCACGAUCGGGAGACGAGUAGCGAGAACAUGGGGUUUCUCCAUUUCGAGAACGAGCAGAAAUUGCACGACUUCGCGCAUGGGCCGUUGCAUACGAAGGCGCUGGAGUGGUGGACGGGUGCGGAGGGGGGUUUGAAGCAUAUUGGGAUUAUGCAUGAGGUGUUUGCGUGUCCGAGGAAUUCGUGGGAGGGGAUUUAUUUGAAUUAUCAUCCGACUGGUCUCGGUGCCACGACGAAAGAGGUUGAGGUCGGUGGGAAGAAAGUCUGGAUGAGUCCUCUGGUGAAGGGAAAGGGGACGUUGAAUUAUAGUAAAGGUCGUAUGGGAAGGGCGUUUGGAUCGAAGGAGUGGGAAGCAUUGGAUAGGACGCAUGGUGAGCAUGAGAAGGUGGACUUUGGAGAUGAGAAAGUUUGA